AUGGUUCCACUUCCCAUCGCUGCCCGCCGCAAUCAUUCCUCGCGUCUCCUCUACAUUCUCCUCUCGCUAGCAUCACAAUAUGUUCCACGCAUCCUUCACAGAAACAAAGGCACGCCUGGCGAUGGCCUCGCGAAGACUUUCGUCCUUGCGAAGAGGGCCAGCGAAUUCGACCCACACCAGUCGAAAUACAUUGUCUUCGCAGUGCUCAUCCCCGUGCUUGUCCUUAUGUCGGGUCUGUUUGCCGGUCUGACCCUGGGCUACAUGAGUCUCGACGAGACUCAGCUCAACGUGCUCAGCAUUAGCGGAACUCCAGAACAGCGCAAGCACGCACUCAAGAUCAUGCCUAUCCGCAGGAAUGGACACUUGCUACUCGUCACGCUGCUCCUGGCCAACAUGAUCGUCAACGAGUCGCUGCCAGUUAUCGCAGACCAAGUAAUGGGAGGUGCUGAGAGCGUCGUGGUGUCUACGGUGCUUGUCGUUAUCUUCGCAGAGAUCAUUCCACAGUCGCUCUUCACUCGUCAUGGCCUCUACCUCGGUGCCAAGAUGGCGGGCUUCACCAGAGUCCUCAUCUAUAUGAUGGGUGUCAUUGCAUGGCCAGUAGCUAAGCUCCUGGAGCUUGUCUUGGGCCCGCACCACGGUAUCAUCUACCGGAGGGCUGAAUUGAAAGAAUUAAUCGCUAUGCAUUCGUCUCAUGCGACCCAUGGCGGCGAUCUCAAGAUCGAUACAGUCGCUAUCAUUGGUGCAACCCUUGAUCUGCAGGAGAAAGUCGUCAGACAGGCAAUGACGCCUAUCAGCGAAGUCUUCAUGUUAUCUAUCGAUUCAAAGCUUGACUACGCGUUGUUGAAGAAGAUUUGUCGAACUGGGCAUAGUCGCGUGCCGGUAUACGAAGAAAUUGAUGUUCCCAUAUCCGUGGUUCCAAGAGACGAAGAAGAGUGGGUACAAGACGACAAGCCAAAGCAGCGGACUCAGAAAGUCAAGAAGAUCAUAGGGAUUUUGUUGGUCAAGCAGUGUGUUUUACUUGAUCCCAAAGAUGCAACCCCUCUUCGCAAGAUUCCGCUCAACAAAGUGCCAUUCGUUCCGAAUAACGAGCCUCUCCUUGGAAUACUGGACAAAUUCCAGGAAGGCCGAAGCCACAUGGCCAUCGUCAGUCGUUUCAGCGUCGAAAAGGCUGCAUCCGUCAAGCACGCCGUCAAGCGAGGACUGACCCAACGUCUUCGUGAACGUGUAGGCAUGGCCGACACAGACUCCGACUCCGAUUCCGCGGAAGACGAGAAGAACUUUGCCUUACGCAAGAAGCGAGGCCGGCGCAGUCUCAUCAACCGCAAACGCGACCGUUCGUCUGGACCAGACGAAGCAACUUCUACCACAACAGUGGGCAGUCCGAAAGACCAAGGCGUUAAGAUCACGGAGUACGAUGUCGAGCGUGGCUCGAGUGUCGACUUGAGAGACAGGGAGAAGCUUCAAGGGGAGAUGAAGAGUAAGGAGAAGGAAGAGGGAGGGAUGAAGAGCAAGAUCGCGACGCUGCAGUUGCCAAGGGUCGCUGCUGGAAUGACGUCAAUGCCGGCCUUGGAGCAGAGCAUGCCUGCGGAUGCGGUGUUGGCGAAGGAGGGCGCUGCUGAGUUUUUGCAAGGCUUCGACCCUGCUGUUAUGCCGCUUGGUAUUAUCACCCUUGAAGACGUGCUCGAAGAAUUAAUCGGCGAAGAGAUCUACGACGAAUUCGAUACCCAAGGCGCGCAUGGUGACCCAUACGAAGUACCGCCUGUCGUUACUGCUACCCAGCCUCCAUCUCGUUCAGCAUCUGUGAGUCGUCCUCCAUCGGCCCGUGGCGCCGCUCAGUCGAAGGCGUCGACGCCUACCCAUACGCAUAUACCUACGGCGCUCAAAGGUCUGGGAUUCUUCCGUACGAGGAGUGCACCUCCAGUGCAAAGAGAGAAACACGCCACGCCCGACGGAUCUGGUGCAGAGAUGAACCGGAAGGCGUUGACCGGUGGAGGCGACGCAAAGACGAACGCGAGCGGGAAGACUGUGCGCAUGGAUGAGCCCGGACCCGAGCACCACCACGACAAUGAUAACAGGAAUGGAGGAGACGUGCCCCUCCUCCAGAUGCCCCGCCCUAUCAAGAGUACAGGCAAUCGGCCAUCGGUCAUUCUGGAGCAGCAUAGUAGCAUCUCGUCCGAGAGCUCGGGCACUCUCGUCCUCACGGCCUCGCACUCGAAGGCUUCUGCUGCGAGUAGGAUAGACGCAGAGGCUGCUGCUACUGCUCCGGUGAAAGAACGCCCCAGCCUCCUGUCCAUGCCCGCCCCUUCCCUCCCUUUGGCGCUCGCGGUGGAUGGGAGGAGCCGGACGAUGCCCGGCACCGUUCUUGCUUCCACCACCGCCGACGCGUUGGCCCCGCCCAGCGUGAACGUGCAGGGCCAGAGCCUUUCCGCACCUGGGUUACCCGCGCCUAUGGCCAUCCCACCGUACAUAGCCGCUGGUGCGAGUGCGAGUGCGACUGCUAGCGUAGGUGUGGGCGUGGCAGGAACGUCGGGCACAGGCACGACGAACUCGAACUCGAGGAGCGCGUCGCCGGGCUUGCCACUUGAGGCGAUCUUGUUGGAUCGGAAGCGGAGGAUGGCGGCUGCACGGGAAGGAGGGGUGAUAGGAAGGGAUGAUAGGAAGGAGGGAUGA